CAACAUAAAACUGAAUAACAACCGAAAACUUGAGCAAGAAAACUUCCGACGCUAAGAGAAAUGGCAACGUCCUCUGUUCUGUCCACCUUCGCCGCGACGGCAAUAACGUUGCAACUACUCUUAUCUCCUGCUUCAGCUUCCCCUCACAUGAAAUACAUUGACGCCAUCUGUGAUCGUGCCCAUGACCAAGCUUUCUGCGUUAAAACUUUGACUACCAAUCCCCCUACAGCUGCUCCCAUUGGCCUGCUUCCAUUGUCGGAGGCUGUGAUCAACUUGGCCACAUCACACGCGGAGAAGACAGCGAUUUUCGUAGAUGAGACUGCGAAGAAAGAUCCAACGGUGAAGACUGCGUUUACAGAGUGCCACAAGGCCUACUUGGCCGUGGCAGCUGAUCUCAAGAGUGCAAAUGUGAAGCUCAAGGCAUCCCCGGACACGGCUAACUACGACGUCAGGGCUUCAAGCGACAACAUGAGGCGCGUGAAUGAAUUGGUUGGGAAAAACACUGACAAGGCCUCAACCACGCUCAAGGAAAUGACUGUGCAGAUGGAGAAACUCCUUGAUCUUGCAGCUGUCUCAAUUUACGACAUGAAUUGUAAAGACAAAAUGGUUGUGAUCAUGGGUGCCACCGGUUCUGGCAAGUCAUCACUCUCGGUUGAUCUCGCUUUACAUUUCAAAGCCGAGAUCAUCAACUCUGACAAAAUGCAGUUUUAUGAUGGCUUGAAGAUCACCACGAAUCAAUCGACCAUUGCCGAUCGACGUGGAGUGCCACAUCACCUUCUCGGGGAGCUAAACCCGGAGGCUGGAGAAGUCACAGCUGCAGAAUUUCGUGUUAUGGCGGCUAAAACCAUCUCCGAGAUUACUGAACGUAAAAAGCUCCCAAUCCUUGCCGGUGGAUCCAACUCCUACAUUCAUGCUCUCCUUGCAAAAUCUUAUGAUCCUGAAAACUAUCCGUUUUCUGAUCACAAGGGCUCAAUCUGCUCGGAGUUGAAAUAUGAUUGUUGUUUCAUUUGGAUAGAUGUGGAUCAGUCUGUGUUAUUCGAGUAUCUUUCUUUGCGUUUGGAUGUGAUGAUGAAGUCAGGUAUGUUCGAGGAGAUCGCUGAGUUCCACCGUGCUAAGAAGGCCCCGAAAGAGCCAUUGGGGAUAUGGAAGGCUAUAGGAGUGCAAGAGUUUGAUGACUACCUCAAAAAGUACAAGUGGGACAAUGACAUGGAUAAAUGGGACGCUAUGAGAAAGGAAGCUUAUGAGAAGGCGGUGAGAGCGAUCAAAGAAAACACGUUUCAGCUCACAAAGGAUCAAAUCAGGAAGAUCAACAAGUUGAGAAAUGCCGGGUGGGACAUAAAGAAGGUGGAUGCUACAGCAUCGUUUCGAGAGGCAAUUAGGGCAGCCAAGGAAGGUGAAGGUGUAGCCGAGAUGCAGAGAAAGAUAUGGAACAAGUGUUGGAACCGUGUGUGAAGAUUGUCAAGAGACACUUGGACAAGCCGAUCAACUAUUAUUAUUAUUAUUUUUGUUUGAUAAAAAGAUUCUUAAGUC